AAGGAAAGAAAACACAACAACGCCGAAGAGGAGAAGAGAAAUUUGGGGGAAAAUGGCAAGCCAACCUUGAUCACAUUGACUUGGUAAACUUGCUUCAUUUCUUAUGAAAUUUUAGUAUAUUGUUCUUGGUGUAGAGAUGAACAUUAGGAUAUAAUUUAUUUGUUGUAUUGCCUUCUCUUCUGCCUGAUUUGAGAUACCCACUUUUGUGGAGGGUUUAUGUUGAUUUCACCAGUUUUGGUGAUGUAUUUUGUUGAUUGUUGAGAUGCUCUAGUGUCACUAGGAAGACUGUUUGUGUACCCAUUAUUCUGAUGGUGGAAGAUUUUUUUUGGACUAGGUCCCGUGGGUUUUUUGUCCUUCUUUUGGGAGUUUUCCCACGUUAAAAUUCUGGUGUCUGAUUAUUUAAUUUUUGCCAUUAUAUUUUGCUGUUUGGAGUAUCUUUGGUGUUGCCCAUUUAAUUGCACAAGUUGUGGAAAAAUUAUUUUUGGUGCUUCCGUUCUUGGUUUAAACCUGUGUUGAGUUUUCCCAACAAAUAUAACAUUUUUCCUCUCUCUAUAUAUAUCCACUCUCGCUCUAAAUAUGUGACUGUGAGGAAACAAAGAAUUAAGAAUGGAAGAAAGCAAAGGAAGAGUGUGUGUUACAGGGGGAACAGGUUUCAUUGGUUCAUGGAUAAUCAAGAAGCUUCUUGAAGAUGGUUACUCUGUUAAUACAACUGUCAGAUCAACCCCAGAACACAAGAAAGAUGUUAGUUUCCUCACCAACUUACCCGGAUCAUCCCAGAGGCUUCGAAUUUUCAGUGCCAAUCUCAGCGAACCAUCGAGUUUCAACGCAGCCAUUGAAGGUUGCAUUGGAGUUUUCCAUGUUGCCACCCCAUAUGACUUUGAAGACAAAGAAUCAGAACAAGUAUUAACACAAAGAUCCAUUGAUGGUGCACUAGGAAUUUUGAAAGCAUGCCUAAAUUCCAAGACUGUGAAGCGAGUUGUUUAUACUUCAAGUGCCUCUGCUGUUAAUUCCAAUAACCAAGAACAUAACGAGGCGUUGGACGAAACUGUCUGGAGUGAUGUCGAUUUUAUCAGAGCUUCGAAGGCUCCGGCUUCGUCGUACGCAGUUUCGAAGACACUAACGGAGAAGGCAGUGCUGAAAUUCGGAGAAGAGAACGGAUUGGAGGUUGUGACAAUUGUUCCAACUUUUGUUUUUGGACCCUUCAUUUGUCCUAAGCUUCCCGGCUCUGUUAGUGCUUCAUUGUCUAUGGUAUUUGGUGAAAAAACACUAUUUGGUUUGAUGCUUGAGACACCUAUGGUGCAUGUGGAUGAUUUGGCAAGAGCACAUAUAUUUUUGCUUGAACAUCCAAAUCCUAUAGGGAGGUACAAUUGUUCAUGUUGCUUGGUCACUGCUGAAAGGAUAUCUCAGAUUGUUGCUACCAAAUAUCCCGAGCUUCGUGGCCGGAUACCAUCUCUAGACUGGUUCAAACAAAUUGAAGGUACCAGGAUGCCGAAUUUACCAUCAAAGAAGCUCAUCGAUGCUGGAUUCGUGUACAAAUAUGGACUUGAAGAAAUGGUUGAUGAUGCAAUUCAAUGCUGCAAGAACAAGGGUUACUUGUGACUUUUGUGAUGAUUGAAACUUAUUUAAUUAAAUAAUUUCAAGAUGGCUAUCAGUUUGUAAUGACUUGAAGUUGGAGUGAUAUGAAAGAAAUUAAUUAAAUAAGUUUCAAGAUAGCUAUGCUAAUGUUGGUUUAUGUAA